AGAGUUGCCUCCUGCAUUGGCACACAUUAUUGAAUGUAAAAUGGGGAAAGAAAAUGGCUUUGCUGCAUCUAUUCCAAUGGUGUCAUGUACAGACACAGCAACAAACUGCAGUUCUUAGUUGUCAGAGUAACGGGAAAGAUAACGACUGCAACCAAAAGGCAGAAUAUGCAACCUCAGUUCAACUGGUCAGUGUCCAGGCAACUCAUCGAGAACUACAUUCACCAGCAAUUGUUUGCUCUGAGCAGACACAUCAGCCACGAUUUCAAGACUGGAGAGAGGAGCUUCACAGACUUCAGCUGGCUAAGAUCCCAACUUGGAUCCGAUUACAGGGUAUUCUGAAACUCUGGCCUGAGGGUCCGUGUCUGCAAGGAUUUAGCAAGUACCUGCCUCUGCAGAACAGCACAAUCCCACAGGGUACGGAGGAGUCUGGCUGCAGCACACCUGAACAGAGUGAUGCAAGACCAGCAAACAGAACUGACUUGGAUAAAGCAGGAAAAUGGCUUCAGUGUAAACUGGAGGAGCGUCUGGUUAAAGAGCAUCUGAUGCUCUGGGCUGCGCGGUUGUGGCAGGUGUGCCAGGUGGAUCGGUUUCGCCGACAGUCCCUGCUGACAAGAGUAUUUCAGAGUUGGAGCAGAUGGAGGCAGACCCGCAAGACAUAUCGGGAAUUGGUUGCUGAGUUUUCUUUUGGCCAACAGUGUCAAGUCGUGCUGACUCUUUGGAAAAUACGUUUAUUACAAAAACAGGAAACUGACAGAAGGUGCAGAAAGAUGUUGCACCAGAAAAUCCAAAAGGCAAUGUCCUGUUGGCACAAGUAUACAGAGAAAAGAAAGCAGGUCCAAGGUCUCCAGGCUCGUUUCCUUUCCAUCCACGCACUGAGAAUAAAGCGUUUGAUUCUACGCACCUGGACGCAGAAAGCAGCGAGACGGGGAAAUGUGAAGAUAAUGGCAGACAAGCUGGUGCAGAGCAGGUAUAUACGGGUUUGGCACUCCGCCACACUUCAGAAAAAGAAGAUGUGGCAGAAAUCGUGGGCAUUUCAAACCACACAGAACCUGCGGGUCCUGCUGGAGUCUUUCAGUAAAUGGAGAUAUCACUUGGUGCUGCAGUGUUCCUCAGAGAAUCACAGGAAACUUAGAACAGCACAGAAAGUCAUCCGGUGCUGGAGACAGAGGGCAAUACUACACCAAGCUCUGAGACAUCGAGAUAUUGUCCUCACUCAAAUAUUGUUCAAUAGUUGGAAGGAGGCUGUCAGAUUAUCCCAGCUGUCCCAGCAAUUUGCUGGUAACAUUGGAGAGAGGCACUUGAAGCACCUGCUCCAUGCCUGGGCCAGAUUGGUGAAAGAACGAAAGGACGAGGGUGUGAGGCAGAGGAAGGUGAUGUCUGCAUCACGGCACCGGGUAGUGCAGGCUGCAUUUCAUCAGAUGGCAACAUUGUGUCUGAAGCAAAGAGAGGCUGUCAUGCACUCCCAGCAAACAUUACUCCGCAGGUGCUUUCUCACUUGGGAAGGAAACGUACAUCAGCAGAAGCAUUGGGCAUUGACUGCAUUGGCUCAAGUUUUAUUGUUGCGGCUAAACUCGACAUUUGUGAUCUGGAGAAGUCAAUUGCACUUGCAAUAUAAGAUGGCCUCAUUUGUGCAACGACAGAGUGAACGAAUCUUGCACAAAGCAUUGAUAUCCUGGUAUAUGGAGCUGCAAGCAAUCAGAUAUCGUGUCAGAUAUGUGUCGCGGAAAUUUGUGUCACGGUGGAUUCUUUUUGUACUGGCACAGAAGCAGACAGAUCGGUGGGAUGUGGAGGAAUCUCGUGCAGAGCAACACCACAGGAAUCAAUUAUGCAAACGACUGUUGAUAAACUGGUGGAACAAAACACUCCUACAGCAACUUCUGGAGAAGAAAAGAGUCGAGAAGCUGCAGGAGAUCUGGGAGCAGUGGAGGACCUUCACUGUGAGCAUGCUGGUGACCAGGGGACUGUACGAGCAGGAGCUGGAGCUGCACGCAUGGCAGUUGUGGCGGAGACGGUUCAUACAGAUGCAGGUGUCAAAGGCGUUUGCAGCUCAGGACGACAGGAUCCUGCUGUUGGAUGUUUUCACGACCUGGAUAAGAUUGGUUGUUGAAAAACAGAGAAAUACGAGAUAGUGGGUAAAUCUUAAGCUUGCCCCAAAACAAAGGCUCGGGGCUUCCCACUGACAUUGCUUCUGAAGAUGAACAGAAUGAUGCCACAAGGUUCCAACAAAACCCAAAUGUCCAGUGUCAGUCUGUUCUGGUUCACUCAGUUUCCAAUCUCGUUGGACAGGUUGAAGAUGGUGCAUUUUCAUAAGGGAAAUCGUAUUUGUAAGGGAAUUCUAACUUUGUGCUCUGCCAGUAAUUAGAUUACAAACAACUUCAGAGAUAAAAGUUGGGUUUAGUGGCCUCAAGAUCUAGCCCAACGCCUGGUUCGUGGUACUGACGACCGUAGUGAGGAGACAUCGUACAGUUAGGACACUUCUCAAAAUGUAAUCCACUUGCAAUUAUAACUUGGUGUGUUUUCUAUCCAGUCUCACCUGCAGAUUUUGUUGUGGACUUUAUCUAACUGCAUUCAUUUUUGACUUACUUUCAAUAAGUUGUACUUUGGGUAUAUUUCUUUAUAAAACCUGUUCUAAAAUAAAGUUUUAUUUCUGCA